AUGACUUAGUAAAAGAUUCAGGAACUGAAUUCUAUUAAGAUGAAAUAGGAAAAAGAAAGAAAAGACUUUGUAAGGAAAUAAUAAGAUAUGUUCAGAAAAGCCAUUGAGGAAAGAUAGCAAGUUGAUAAGAAUUAAUAAUAUCUUUCUCCAAAUUACAAUCAAAAGACACAACAUACUAGACCAGGAAGUGCGAAUAGAUCAUUCCAUUCAAACAGUAAAUAAGACAUAACAUAGAGUAAUACUAAACAAAAUAAUUCAGGGGUAAGAACAAGUUAAAAUUGGUAAGAUGCCAAAAUAAAUGGUCAGCUAAACAAUGACAAGAAAAUUAGUAACGCAGUUGUUUCCAAGUUUUAUUCUUCUAAUGAUGUUAUUAGAUCUGCUGCAAAUAAUGAAGAUGCAAAUAAUUUAAGUUUUUCAGAAAGGAAAAAUGUAUAGUUAAACGUUCCAUCUUAAAAUUCUAAGCGCAGUCAGAACGCAAAGUGA